UUUUGACAUGUGUCAACAUCUAUAACCGAUAAAUAUGACACGUGUCGCGAUCUCUUGAGUUACUAACUUCGAAAACCCAACUUUAUAUAAUAAGAUACAAUAUGCAAUCGAUUUAGUAAUGUUGGUUAAGUACUUGUACCGGUUUGUGGUCCAAUAUACUAUGCAAGGAAAACUUUUCCCUUUUCAGCAUAAUAAUCAAACUAGAUAGUGACAUGUGGUGCACCGCGAGGUAAUUUUGGCUUUACGGUUAUAAGUUUAGACUAAACUUAUUUAAACCCAAAUCAAAUUUAUUUUUAACUAAAAGUACUAACCCUAGAGCACACUUAGCCAAAAUUCAGAGACUCUCGCCUCCUUCUUCUUUCUCUCGCCGAAACAACAAUUUCCAGAAGGUUUCCAGCUCUAGAUCCUUUCAGUCCUCUGAAGCUAAAAUGGUAGGGAUGUUGAGUAAGGCGUUGCCUGAAUAUGCGAAUUCUAAAACGGCGGUGUGGUGGGACAUGGACACCUGUCCGGUUCCAGAUGGUUAUGAUGCUGGUCGGGUCCGUCCGAUAAUAGAAGGGGCGUUGAAGGAGUUGGGAUACUAUGGUCCUGUAACUAUCACAGCCAUGGGAAACCUGAAGGAAGCAACUGCUCACUUCCUGCAAAGGCUCUCUUCCACUGGAAUCGUGGUUCAACACGCCAUCACCGAUUGCGUAGGCACACUCAUUUUCAGUGAUUUGAUGGAAUUCAAAAGCAAUAAUUUACCACCAGCUACAAUAAUGCUCAUAUCCGAUAAGGUGGAGGAAGAAUUGUCUUUCCCUCUUGGCCGGAAUCAACAAAUUCGUAGGGGAUACAACAUUGUUCGGGCACGUUCAUUUGGUGGUACUCUGUCACGUAUCGAGCAUACUGCAGAUUGGCGCUGGAAAACCCUACUGGAGGCGGCGGCAGAUUCAGUGUCUCAGGACACAACAACAAGUUAUGUUCUUCGGAAAUGCAGUUCGUCCUCUGCCUUGUCUUCGUUUGUAUGCAGAGCAUGCAAAUUUACUGGCCUAAGCGUUGCAAGUUUCACCAGUCAUCUCUCCACUGAAGAACAUAAAAAGACGGAGAAGAAGACUAUUAGGAAUUUUAGUGUGCCAGACUUCUCACCUUUCAUAACGGCAAAGAUGAACGACCAAGCGGCGCCUGAGUACGUGAAUUCUAAAACGGCUGUGUGGUGGGACAUGGACACAUGUCCAGUUCCCGAUGGUUAUGAUGCUCGCAGGGUGCGUCCAAGUAUAGAAGGGGCCUUGAAGGAUUUGGGAUACUGUGGUCCUAUAACCAUCACUGCCAUGGGAAACCUGGAAAAUGCACAUCCUCACGUCCUGCAGGGGCUCUCUUCCACUCGAAUCCUUGUUCAACACACCAGAAGGGUAGGCGCAUAUAUAUUUAGUAAUUUGACGCAUUUCAAAGCGCAUAAUCCGCCACCAGCUACAAUAAUGCUCAUAUCUGAUAGAGUGGAACACUUGUCUCUCUGCCUUUCUCUGGCUCAACAAAGCCGUUACUACAACCUUGUUCUGGCACGUACAUAUACUCCUGAGAGUAUGUCACGUCUGUACCAUACUGCAGAGUGGCUCUGGCAAACCCUACUGGCGAGGUCUCAGGAGACAACAAGUUAUGUUCUUCGCACGUGCACUGCUUCGGGUGACUCUGCCUCGUCGUUUUUUUGCAAGUCAUGCGACUUCACUGGCCUAAGCGUGACAGAUUUCACCAGCCAUCUCUCCUCUGAAGAACAUAAACAAAAGGAGAUUUUUAUUUCCAAGUCUAGUCUGCCAAACCCCCACGACAGUGACGAGGACAGUGACGAGGACAGUGACGAGGAAUCAAUGGCUAAGAUUCCAAAGCGAAAACGCUCGAGGAAAGUAUUUCGGACGACUCAGGUACUUCUUUUUAAUAGGCGUCCCACCCGACGUGGCCGCCCAUGAUAAGAUCGUUUUUUAUUUUAUUUAUUUACCGUUUCUGUCUUUUGUGUUCCGAGGGAUGAUCGAGGACUCAGUUUGAACUAAUUUUUAUUUGGUUUGUAAUGGAUAAUUUAUGUAUUUCAAAAAUUUCUGUUUGAUAAAUUACACCUCGACUAUACUUUUCUUGUAUUGAGUUUGUCUCCUCCUAA